AUGUAAUAAUGAUAAUAAAUGCAGUUUUUUAAAUUUCAAAUCAAUACUUUUUCAUUAUGUUGGAAACUAUGAUUUGUUUUACAUCUAUAUCCACAAAUAACAUCCCGUCCUUCCUCUUUUUUUAAACCUCAAAAUACACAUAAAAGGGCGUUUCUUUAAUGAUGACAACAUAUUUCCUACAGUAGAUCUUUAUCAAAAAUUAUAACUUGUCUUUUUUGAAAAGGCCAGGCAACGGCUCUGAACGACUUUAAUUCAAGUGGACUGUAGGAAAAGUGGCUCUUUAGGCUGUAAAGGUUGCAGGCCCCUGCCUUAGACGGCCAUCAGAUGUGCUUCCACUGACAUUCUGCUCACUGUUAUUUAAUAUUUCUUACUGGCAAUUGUUUUGAAUGUACUUAUUUUUCUUUAAUACAUUUUGUAUCAGAUUUGUUUUGGUUAAUGUUAUUAUACAGCACUUUGGUCCAUUUGACAGAGUUAAGACACAGUUUAACACUGCUGAACACACUGUUGUAAAAUUAACUAUGAUUUCAUCAAAGUAAGUGUUCAUUGUUUCAAUUUGAUGCAUUUCAAGUUAGUCUUCUAUCUAAAGCCCAAACCUAAACCAAAGUAAGGAUUAGGAAAGAUGGUACGAUCUUAAUGCCUUAACACUAUCUUUCCCGUCACACAGUGCCAAUUCUCAAUAUAAUCUGAAGACACUUACUUUGCAAGACAAACAGAAAUCGAACCUUUACAAUACAUAUACUUUCUCAAACAUACAUUUAUCAAAAGUAAACUGCCUUUUAAACUCUUUACAAUGUGGAUUUAAGGAUAAAAUAGAUUUUAGGGACAGGACAGUUACAGAGGUAGUCCAUCAACUGAGGCUAUACAAAUAUCAUUAGUGACUUUCACUGAAACUGUUACGGUCCUGGGUUUAGCUUGAAAGCCCACCUGGAAGUCCUCAAGUUAAUUUGAUGAAAUAACUCACACAGCUAAUGAGCAACUGCUUAAUUUAGGGUUAUGAAACUCUAGUCCUCAAGGGCUGGUGUACUGCAACUUUUGGAUUAGACCCAAGUCCAACAUAUCUGUAACAAAUACCCGAAUUACCUCCUUGUUAACUCUUGUCCUGCAUAGUCCUGUUAGUGAUUUAUGUAUUUAAUAUAGGUGUGUUGACACAGAGACAUCUAACAGCUGCAGAACACCAGCCCCUGGUAAUUCGAGUUUGACAAAUGUGAUUUAUUUGAAAAACUUUUUAAAUAUAGGACAGAUGAGAUCUAGGUCUAGGAUUUGCAGUGUCUCUUGGAUUUACUAAGGGUAAAAUUAUAUCACCAGGAAGGAUGAUGCCAAUUAAAGAAACAAAUUCCUUAAAGAUAUUCUUAAAUUGUUUGUUUGGGAUAAGAUUUAAAAAGCAACAUCUGUGGUCUAUCUUUUUCCAUUGAGGUCUGUAUGGCAUAAGCUUGACUUAAAAAUGCUAAUUUCUAACAAUUAGGAAAACAACGUAUACUUUCUCUCAAGAUGAGAUUGUUGAUAAUAUAUAACAUUAUCCCUUCAUAAUAUUGCAGAAAAUAUGGGCAAAAUAAAUCAUGAAAUCAGAUCACGUUCUCUCCUUGUUUUUUGUGUUACUUUGCUUUAAAUCUUUCUCUUUAGUCCUACCCACAUGUGCAUGACUGACAAUUGUCCAUCACAGCUUGUCCCCACCUUCAGACCAAGCUCUCAUAUUAAAGGCUCAUUCCACCCUGCAUGAUCUCCUGUAUACACUCCACCUGAUCCCCAUGGAAAUGGACUGCCAUGUUUAUGAUUCCCUGGAGGUCCCUCCUCUCACUCCAACCAGUAAGGAGAUCCUGAGCCAGGCAGUAAAUGCCAGUUUUUCUGGCUUUGCUCAGGAGAUCAUAAAUCAUCAAUUUCCACAGGAUCCAAUCUUGUGGUCAGAAUGGGAGGUGAACCACUGGCUGGACUGGUGCCAGGCUGAGUUUGGUCUCCACUGCCUGGGCUCAGAUUUGCGGGGUUUGCAGGGCAGUGAGCUGUGUGGGCUGGACAGGGAGACUUUCCUGGGUAUGAUGUCUGACUGCACUGCAGGAGAGAUCCUAUGGGAGCACUUGGAGACUAUGAGGGGAGAGAACGAAGACAAUUGCAGCACUGCAUUAACCAGUUGCAAAGGGCCAUGCUACUUCCAGCUUCAAACUCACAGAGAGAACUACUCAGACUACAUAAAGGAUCAUUCUGAUAAACAGAAUUCCCAAAUUCACUAUCAUGCAGCUGAAAACACACACCUCCACACUCUGGAGUCGGUGUCUGCUCAACAUGAAGGAUACACUCUGGUGAAAACAGAAGAUCCCAGAAGGACCAUCGGUGCUGCUCUUCUGUUACCAGAAAUACAUGGCAAUGGAGAAACACACUCAGGAGGGAGCACUACUCCCAGUAGAAACUCUGCCACUGUCAGCUUUCUGGCAUGGACUCCUCCACAGAACCAAUUAGAGCCCCCAAUAGAGGAUUGUGUGCCCGAUGAUGCCUUCGUGUUACAGCAGAAACAUAGGAACUUCAAAGACUAUGUGGGCAGCAAAACAGAUGUGGGCAAAGCUGUGAUACCAGCAGCCAUUUUAGCUGGUUACACUGGCAGUGGUCCCAUCCAGCUGUGGCAGUUUCUUCUGGAGCUUCUGACAGAUCGCAGCUGUCAGUCGUGCAUCAGCUGGACUGGAGAUGGGUGGGAAUUCAAGCUAACAGACCCUGAUGAGGUAGCUCUGCUUUGGGGAAAGAGGAAAAACAAACCGAAGAUGAACUAUGAGAAACUUAGUCGGGGCCUACGCUACUACUACGACAAGAACAUCAUCCGCAAGACAGCCGGCAAGCGCUACGUCUACCGCUUUGCCCCCGGGGGACUGCCCAUCACAGCAGGGGGUGCCAACACUGCAACAAAGCUGAGCCCCUUUUCUCACAUCUUCCUCUUUGCCUGUGGACCCUCAAGGAGAGAGGGGCUCUACACUGGGUAGACAAGCCACCCAUGCCGGCUGCGUGGGGUUCGCAGACUCGCCACAUAUGUAGGCAGAAUUGAAGCUAUGUGCAUCCCUGCCCUUUUCCAACAUUGGAACUUAAGCAGUCAACUGCAAUGGAAACAGGCUGUUUGUAACUUUUCUCAGCUGUUGCAGGAAUGCUGAGUCGAGACAAAGAGGAGCGGUCUCCUGUGGCUAGGCCAAGCUAAGAGGAAAAAUGAUCUGAAGUCACCUGCCGCAACCUGCACAGGAAACCUCACAAGAAGCAGCCACGCCAGGAGGGCUGUGAGGAGGUGCCCAUGUCCACAGCCCAAGUAAACACCCACGGAGUCAUGUACACCUCACCCAGUCCCGGUUCCCCAAAUGACGGCUGUUUUCCUCUUUGAGCUAGCCGCCUACACGUUGCUCAGCAAAAACAGCUUCACCCUGCUCCCACUGCUUCCAACUGGAUGCCCAAAGUCAACUGAAUUUACACAGAGACACAGACAGUUAGGCAGGGAAAGUCAAAUUUGUGUGUUUUACUGUCUUGUUUCAAGUUUUGACCAUGGUAAAGACCAAGCUGACAGGCAUAGCUUCCGCUAGUGUUCUUGUAACAAAGCUUUGCUGAUGUGUUUGGGUGU